AUGGCAUCCCGCAGCUUUCUCAAGCCCGCCGCGGCCUCGCUCAGAGCUGCCGCCGGCGCGGUGCGCUCCUCGGCCCCCAGCGUCCCCUCGCGAUGGAACUCGAGCAGCUCGACCUCGGCCAUGGCCUACAAGGCCAGCCGCCGCCGCUCCCAGCCUCUGCCCACCAGCGACUCGCCCUCGCCCUGGUCUGCACAGGCCGCCGUUUCCAACAUUCUCUACGAGACCCCGACCCCGUCCACGGUGCCGCCCAAGCGCCACAUCCUCAACUGCCUGGUCCAGAACGAGCCCGGCGUCCUGUCGCGCGUCUCGGGCAUCCUCGCCGCCCGCGGCUUCAACAUUGACUCGCUCGUCGUCUGCAGCACCGAGGUCGAGGACCUCUCGCGCAUGACCAUUGUGCUCACGGGACAGGACGGCGUCGUCGAGCAGGCCCGCCGCCAGCUCGAGGACCUGGUCCCCGUCUGGGCCGUGCUCGACUACACAAACUCCCCCCUGGUCCAGCGCGAGCUGCUGCUCGCCAAGAUCAACAUUCUCGGCCCCGAGUACUUUGAGGAGCUGCUCGCCCACCACCGCGAGAUCACCCAGGAGUCCCCCGACGGCGCUGCUCUCGAGGGCGACCGCGCCCUGGCUGAUGCUGCCGAGGACUUUCACCCCAGCAAGCUCGUCGCUUCGCAGGCUCUGCGUCUCAAGCACGAGCACUUGAAGUCCAUUACCUACUUUGCCCACCAGUUUGGCGGCAAGGUCCUGGAUAUCAGCACCACUAGCUGCAUUGUCGAGAUUUCCGCCAAGCCUGUCAGGAUCAACUCCUUCCUGAAGCUCAUUGCCCCCUUCGGUAUUCUGGAAUCGACCCGAACCGGUCUGAUGGCCCUGCCUCGAUCUCCAUUGUACGGACCCGAUGAGGAGGCCCUCCAGGUCAAGGACGCCGAUGAGAUUGUCGACGCCAGCCAGCUGCCCCCUGGUUAA